AUGAAGACAUCAUCGGCCUUGCUGUUCCUCGCUGGCAUUUUUGCCACGCCAUCCUACGGAACUACUUGUCCAAUUCUCUCCACGCCUAGCUAUGGGGUCAAAGACGCCAUUUUCACAGCUUGCUCCAACACGACGAUUGAGGCGCCAGCCAGUCUUGUUUACAAAAUCCUCACCGACUACGACACAUACCAUGAAUGGAAUACAUUUGUUGUUGAUGUCGAACUCCUAACCUCGCCGCCCUACCAGGUGGGCUCCCGCAUGCAUUUCACCGAGGCCCAGCUUCUACCCUUGUUCAAUACUACGAGCAACGAAAUCAUAACUUCUUUGGACCCGGAAAAUACAACUGCAGUUUGGCGCUUUGACAGCCCAACGCCAGCGCUGAUCCUCGCCGAGCAUGUCUCGCAAGUCGUCUCUCUAGGAGACAACCGAUCGUGGUACAACAGCUGGGAAACGUAUUAUAAAUCGGCCAGCAUUCUGGUGGAGACGACACUUGGGGAGAAGCUGAUUUCUGCUUUUGAAAUACAAGGCGAAGAUCUGAAGAAACGCGCCGAAAGUCUAGCACAGGAUAGCAAUUGA